AUUCAUUUGCAACAGGAAAAAACAACUAGGAUUCCAGAGAAAUCCGAAUGCGCGAUAAGACAACGAGGCGUGUUUUAUUUUGUAAGGUUGCACUUGUCCUUACAGCCUAAUUUGUUCUGUUUUGCCAAACGGAUAUAUCUAAAGCUGCUUACAAACGAAGAAGAAGCAAAGCACGAGUGCUAUUAAUCUGUGUGAAGUCUGUGUUCUGUUGAGGAUAUUCUGAAUUCAUUUAAGGAUCGCAACAUGGCCAUGUGACUAUUUUAUUGGCUCUUCAUCAACAAAAUACAGUUAAGAGCAUACUCGUGCAAGGAAAAACAAACAUUCAGAAAAAUGAUGGAGGUUCCAGACCUUGUGGCAAACAAAGAUGUCUACAUGAUGCUUUUACAGAGGAAGAUACAGAAUGCAAAAACCCCAGAGGAAAGGGAACAAUUUGAAAAGCAAAAGUUUGAGCUCCAUCAGGGCAGAGAGCUGGUCGUACAGUCUAUGCAACAGAUAGUGGAAAAGUGCACAGACUCCAAUCAAGAUUUCCAUGAGGUUUUGCAUGGAAAAAGCAAAGCCUACUCAACCAAGGAAUAUAAGGAAGUUGCUGAGCACUACAAAGAAAAGUGUUUUGACUGGCAUGAUAAAAAGUAUCAGACCGGUCUGGACCAUCUGUACCUUUUUGCUAACCUGCUUGAUAAGAAAGUGACAGUGGAACGGAUUAAGAGUGCAAUCGAAGAAGUUGGUACUGACAUGAGAGCCAAAAUGGAAAAAAAGGAGAACGAAGAGGAAAACGAGAUGGAACAGUAAAAGGAAAUGGAAGAUGAUGAAGAACAUAAGAUAGCAAGCGGGAGAAUGAAUGAAUUGGUCUCGAUUUGCAAAAAAUUAUAUAUAAUUUAUAUAUAUUUAUAUAAUUAAUAUAAACACAUAUAUUAAAUAAUAUAAAUGCUACUUAAAGUCCAGAGACUUUUUCAGUAUUAAUAAAUACCGUAAUAGAGUUUAUUUUAUCACUACAGAUAAACUGAGUGGGCUCUUGUGAUUACUUUUUUUUUUUACUUUUUUACUAAAUUUGCUUUUGCUUGAAAUUGCACUUAAUCAGUCUGGAUUAAUUAAGAGAACAGCAAUCGAGACCUUCAUAUAAUCAUGCUGAUGUUUGCUAUACACAAUACUAAGGAGCUUAUUCCUAAUGAUCUGAGAUAUUCAGUAGUCUUCUGCUUCUGACUUCUUGUAGUGACUUCUCAGCAAACUUUGGUUUACUGAGUUCAAUCGUACAAAUCUUUUUUUAAUGACUCACUGUCAUAUGUUAUUUUUUUGUGUUACAACAUCGCACAUUUAGCAGUUCAGAACAUCGCAUAUAUAGUUGUUUUCAUAGAAUAUGUAGGAAGUGUGAAGGCUUUAAAUUAAUAAAUCAUAAUUAAAAAAAGCUCAAUUUAAUUUUCAGUGCACUUUAAUUUAUUUCUGUUUCUCUUUUGGAUUUUCAGUCUUAUGUCUGCGUUAAAUGCAUCAUUUCACAAUGUAAAAGUUUUGUUCAGCUAAAUACAGUGGCUCUUAAAGCAUGUAACCAUUUCAUUUUGUAGUUGUUUGAAAAGGAGAAAACAGCCUGGCCAUAUUUUGAUCUAGAUUAGUACAUGUCAUCCUUUCUGCUUCAUCACAUUGCUUGCCAGAUUUUCCACAAAUAAUCAAAGACCAUUUUUAAACAAAGAUGACUUUAUUUCAAAACUGUCCUUUAAAAUCAGCAUGUCUUAAUUGUACCAUGUGGAAAUCAGGCAAUACAUAUAACAAAAUGUAUUACCAGUGUCCUAAUACAAUCAGCUCCAGAAUUAAUGGCACUCUUGAAAAGAGUGAAUUUUAAAAAAAAGACUAAAAUCGACAUUAAAAAUAAAAUGUAUUUGUCGUCA